UCGCGGAACGUCAGUCUUGUCGCGCCGCAGCUGAGAUUGACAUCCAGCGUUAUUACCGUUGACGUGCGCGCAUAGUUUAAAUAGAUACGAAAUGUCAUCUAAUAUAAUUAGCGAUAAAUAUCCUAAUGAUACGAAAUUGAAUAGUUUAAGUGCAUUUACUGAUAAAAGUUUGGCGCCAAUAAACGGGAGGUACAGAUCGAAAAGUUUGUCUAGUGAUAAGUUAAAUAAAACGAAUGCGGAUCGAGCGGCGAUACUGGAAGAUGUUGAAGACCAUCAUGUUUCAGAAAAGUCUGAGACCCCUGGCUGUUUAGUUGGCAACAGAAUAACGGAGCAAGACACACACACCAUGAACGGAUACAAGGAAGGCAAGGUAUCGUACGGCACGGACAGUCCGGCGCGGGGUCGGCGCGUCAUAUUCUGCGUGCAUGGGAACCCGUCUACAGGGUGUUGCGCCGUCAUAGAAACUAACACCGAUGGAGACGACGGAGAAAGGCGCAAUGGAAGCAUAUCUGAAGUUGAAAGGCAUUGUCACAGAUCAAGAAAUGAAGAAAUAGACAAACGGGCGCGUAGAAAGUUGAUUAUAGCCAGUAUAUUAUGUGUCGUAUUUAUGAUUGGUGAAAUUGUUGGUGGUUACUUAUCAAACAGUUUAGCGAUAGCCACAGACGCUGCCCACCUCCUCACAGACUUCGCCAGCUUCAUGAUAUCAUUGUUCUCAUUAUGGGUCGCGAGCAGGCCCGCGACGAGACGCAUGUCGUUCGGCUGGUACCGCGCGGAGGUGAUCGGCGCGCUGUCGUCGGUGCUGCUGAUCUGGGUGGUGACGGGCGUGCUGGUGUACAUGGCGGUGCAGCGCGUCGUCUACAAGCAGUUCGAGAUCGACGCCACCGUCAUGCUCAUCACCUCCGCCGUCGGGGUCGCUGUUAACCUCGUCAUGGGCCUGACGCUGCACCAGCACGGCCACAGCCACGGCGGCGCCAGCCACGCGCACUCGCACGGCGCCAGCAACCCGCCGCUCAACAACAAGGAGCGUUCGGAUUCAGACGUAGAGAGUUCGACGUCCCACUCGCACGAACACCACGCGGAGAACAUUAACGUGAGGGCUGCCUUCAUACACGUGUUGGGGGACUUCCUGCAGAGCUUCGGGGUUCUCAUCGCCGCCAUCGUUAUUUACUUCAAGCCGAGCUGGAACCUAGUGGACCCGAUCUGCACGUUCCUGUUCUCGGUGCUGGUGCUCAUCACCACCUUCAACAUCAUCAAGGACACGCUGCUUGUGCUCAUGGAGGGAUCGCCACGAGGGAUCGACUUCCAGGAUGUGGCCAACACGUUCCUGUCGCUGCCGGGCGUGGUCCGCGUCCACAACCUGCGCAUGUGGGCGCUGUCGCUCGACAAGACCGCCUUGUCCGCGCAUCUUGCUAUCCGAACCGGCGUAAGCCCACAGAAGGUUCUAGAAGAAGCCACACGGUUAGUUCACGACAAGUACAACUUUUUCGAGAUGACGCUUCAGAUCGAGGAGUUCAGCGACGGCAUGGAGGACUGCAGCCAGUGCAAGAUGCCGCAGUCCUGAUCGGGAGACAACUGUGAAUGUAUGCCGAACUGCGCGACUGGUGGGGAAAUGUAACGGCUUAGAAGUAUUGUGUAUUAUGUUUAAAAGCCUUUAAGAAUUUGUAUUGAAACAGUAUGAGGUGAUUUCUGCGUUUCUCGUCAAUAUAAUAGUGUGGAAACCUUAUGACUAUACUGUAGUCAAUUUUUAUGUAACUUAAAACAGUAGCCUGAAUAAAUUUUUAGUCCGGCGAAACACUAAAAUCAAUUUUUAAAUCUGAGAGAGUCAAAAUGUUUCCUAUGUGAAGAAUUACAAUGACAUAUCAAACCUUAAAUAAUCAACCAGUGAAAAUACACAUAUUAGAAGCCAUCUCAUAUCUUUAUACCGACCGGUCGCGCAACAAAUGUAUUUGAAAAAUGUUCCAUUGAUAGCCAUUGCUUAGGUAUUUUAAUGACUAUUUUGUGACUAUCCUCUUUAUUGCAACUUUCCAGUCGCAUAGCAUAUUGAUUAUUUAGCAUUUAAUUCCGCAUACCGCUAAAAACUGUGCGAAGAGGAGAAUGCUAUUUUUUGAAAUACCCCCUUCUCUGUCCGUAACAAUCCCGAGCAUAGGUAAUCUCCCACAAAGUGCCUUUAAUUAAGCCAACCGUAAUGUUUUAAAUAUAUAGGGAUAUAUAGGGAAGUCACAUAUUCCAUACCUAAACAAGUCAGCUAUAGUUAUAAGAACCAUCGCACAUUAUGCGUGCGACAGUAUUUAUUAAAGAUAGAAAUGUUCGAACACAACCACCGUGCGAUUGCUAACACCACAGACUAAAUAAAAGAAAAGACAGACUAUUUAAACAACGAAAAAAAUAAUUCAAGAAGUUUCCGUUACUCUUUGUUUGUGUAGAGAAUAUAAGCUUAAAGAAAUACGACAAAAUUUGGGACUAAAUUAGACCUAUUUUGUUAUUUAAUCUGUGCUUCAGAAAAAUAAAAUGUCUUUUGAAAAUGUAUACGAAAUGAGUAACAUAUACACUCCAUAUCUUUACCCGACUGCGUCUGAAUGAUUUUAUCAUCAGUCAGUUUUUAUGAUUUGAAAGUCGAUUUUGUCGCCUUAACUUUCCACGUGCCUUAUUUGCGAACUAGAAUGCAAUAUUAAAAAAGAGGUAUUUUUGUGCCUUAGGUAAAACAUAAGUUUACGCAAAGUUUUUAACGGAAGUAUGUAAAAUUAAAAUGCAAAACUUAGUCUAUAAAGCUGUUAUGAAGCGCUGGUCCUAUUUAAAUGAUAAACUUAUAUUUAUAAAAUCAAAACGACCAAGGACAGUCAGGGUAACUGUUUAAAAAGCUAAUAAUCGCAUGAUGCCCUAAUAAGAAUGCAGAUAUUGCUAUCCUGCCCUUUGAAAAGAUGUAAGAUAAGGAUAGCUAUAUUAGGGCUUUCAUACCGUAAAAAUGAAGACUAUGUGAAGUAGUUCUCCAAAACUUAAAUUAAAUUUGUAAAAAUGAAUCCCGGUAUAGUUGUUUUACCUUAGAGCUCUAGCUUACCCUCAAAAAUGUUAUGGCUAUGUCAAUUUGUGCGUUCAGUAAUGCAAUUUAGUGUCAAAAAAGUAUCUAGAGGCCAAAAUGAAUGCAAUUAGAGGCUUUGUAAAAUUAAGUUUAAGAACGUGAGACUUUAAUUGAAUUAUAUAUCAGCCAUUAUGGACGUUCUAAAAAAUACCAAUACAUUACAAAAGAACUUUGAAGUACUCCUUUGCUUGCAAACGGUGUAAAUUUUAAUGUCAACCAAACAAAUACAAAUAAAAUUAAACGUGUUGUCAAUGAAACGUGUCUCAACUCUGACACGUGGAAUAAAAUCCGAAUUUAUUAUAAAACCUUGUAUUCUUAGUAUUAUACAAAUUUCAAUAGUAUUUGUAUAUAGCGAGAUAUUUAUUAGAAACUAAGUAGAAUAUAGCUUAAUGAUAGAGAAAUCAUGUAAACGGUUGAUUAGUUUUAACUUAUUUCAUUAUAGAUUAUAAAGAUCAAUAAAUAAUUUGAAGACAUGAA